GGAAGUCCUUUACGACCUUGGAUCUCCAAGACUGCAAGAAGCGGCAUGGCGAAUAAAGAGCCCAGUAGAUUCCUGCAGCAGCUGAGGGAUAUCGCCAGCAGGAUGUCCUCAGGUUCCAGGGGAGCUGGCCUUGGAGUCAAAUUGCUCAUUGGGGCAGGUGCACUAGCCUAUGGAGUCAAAGAGGCUACGUAUACAGUGGAAGGAGGGCAGCGGGCAAUUAUCUUCAACAGAAUUGGAGGGAUGCAGAUGGACACCGUUCUUUCUGAAGGAUUACACUUCAGGAUACCAUGGUUCCAGUAUCCCAUCAUUUAUGACAUAAGAGCAAAGCCCAGGAAGAUCUCCUCCCUCACUGGAAGCAAAGAUCUUCAGAUGGUGAACAUCGCUCUGCGUGUACUGUCCAGGCCUGUGGCCUCCAACCUGCCAGCCUUGUACCAGCAGCUGGGCAAGGACUACGACGAACGCGUGCUGCCUUCCAUCGUAAACGAGGUCCUGAAAAGUGUGGUAGCCAAGUUCAACGCCUCGCAGCUCAUCACACAGAGAGCCCAGGUGUCAUUGCUUAUUCGUCGGGAGCUCUUUGAGAGAGCCAAGGACUUCAACAUCAUCCUGGAUGAUGUGGCCAUCACAGAGCUGAGUUUCAGCAGGGAGUACACAGCAGCUGUAGAGGCCAAGCAAGUCGCCCAGCAGGAAGCUCAGAGAGCCCAGUUUUAUGUGGAAAAGGCCAAGCAAGAUCAGAAACAGAAGAUCAUUCAAGCUGAAGGAGAGGCCCAGGCUGCCAAAAUGCUGGGAGAGGCAGUGACAAAGAACCCAGGGUACCUGAAGCUCCGGCGAAUCAGAGCAGCUCAGAACAUCGCUAAGACGGUGGCUGCAUCACAGAAUAAGGUGUACCUGAGUGCAGACAGUCUAGUCUUGAACCUCCAGGACGACUCAUUUAACAAUUUAUCACUGGGGAAGAAGUAACCUUUUCAGAAAGAGCUUGCAUUCCACAUGUCUGAGACCUAUAAAGCUAUCAACUGCAAACAACUGUCUUUUCUUUUUGUGCCAGUUUCUGGUUGUAUUAAAAGGCAUUCUACCAACUCUCAGAGCUUUGGCCAUAAUCGUCUGAUUUGUUUCCCAUAAGCUAGUUGAGUCAAUGUAUGAAGGAAAUGUAGUAAUGUGUCUGGGACUGGCUUUUGUUGCUGUAUCAGGACAGGAAGAUUUACCAGAUGUUUGAAGACUGUGGAAACCAAGAUAUUUUUGUUUAUGAUUUAAUUUAAACCUGCAGUCUGGACUUUGAAGUCUCAUUUAGUUACUGCAAAUCACCUCGGGAUUCUCUAUGCAGCUUGCAUAUCUGUCCAGACAUGUUUUUUUUUGUAAUGUUGAUUGUAUUACUGUUCAGCAGACUGACAUGCGUUCACAGCAGCAGGUGCUGUUUUUAUACAACUGAAGGGGACUGUGGUCAUCCAAAAGAUAAAAGAUCAUCUCCAUCCACACUCUGUGAAGAGGGAAGUAAACACUUUGCUGAACACUUUUCAGGCCAGCUUUAAGCUCUGAUGUUUGAAACGUGGCUUCAAAAGGA